GGUAACUUUCGAAAGUGGCUCACACGCAAGAGAGAUUUGUAAAAUAAAACUCUACUUCUAUGCACCGUAAGUACACUCCCUGGAACACGUACUGGAGUCCUGUCCUAUGACGAAUAACAUAAAUCCAUUCUAAUGCAAUCAAGUGAUUUAUCUAAGGAGAUUGACAUUUCGAAUGCGGAACGAUUGCCACAGUUCGACUCGAACAGAAGCUUGAAGAUUUUGAUUCACGGUUGGAAUGCGGAUCGGAAUAAUAUGGCAACGAUUCCAGUUCGGAAUGCUUACUUGGUCCAGAACCGACAUAACCUACUGGUUGCUGAUUGGUCAAGCAUUGCUGGGAUGGCUUACAGUACCGCUAGAGAGUUGGUGCGACCAAUCGGCUAUCGAAUUGGAGUGAUUUUAGAUGAAUUCAUGCACAGGAUGAGUAUAAAUUAUGACCAACUGCACGUGGUCGGUCACAGUCUAGGGGCGCAUGUAGCCGGCAACGUGGGAAAAUAUUUCGGCGGUAGACUGGCAAGAAUAACAGCACUCGACCCGGCCGGUCCCCUGUUCGUUAGUCACUCGGUGGAUGCCGUCGGAAGUUCGGAUGCUCUGUUUGUGGAUGCUAUCCACACCGAUGGCUUGGUGCUGGGUGAAGUCUUUGCCCGGGCUCACGUGGAUUUCUAUCCGAACCGGGGAAUUCCCAGUCAACCCGGAUGUGAACGUUUGGAUAUUAUUACUUUGAAUGCUUGCAGCCACUACCGAUCGACAAGAUUUUUCGCCGAAUCUAUUCUACUCCCGUAUAACUUUGUUGCCUGGAAAUGUGGCUUAAAAGAUAUCCUCGAUAACCGUUCCUCUGAAUGUAUUCGGGAUGUAAGAAAUAAGGACGAGGGGGAAAGCAUCGUUGUGAUGGGCGAGCACGUGGAGAAUCGCACCCGCGGAAGUUACUAUCUGGAAACAUCAAAUUCUUCUCCCUAUGGUUUAGGAAAACGCAUUCUACGACGACACCAACGGUGAAGGAGCAUCGCUUAUAGUUUA